CAGGAGCCUGUCGACGAGGCCCAGUUGCCGAGGCACCAGUUCGCCCUGUGCACUCCGUUUCUGCCAACAGAGUUCAAGUAUCCCGUGUCGUCGUUGGUCGAGUGGCUGGAAGUAAAUCUGGAGAUGGGAUUCACGCUGAUCACCAUUUAUCUAUCCCAGCCGCCGAGUAAAAAACUAUGGGACGUUUUGGUCGACUUUAUGGUCUACCCACCGACAAACAGCGAAGGAAACCAGCUGCAACUCAAUCUGGUGCCUGCUUAUCUGUCGCCCAAUAAAAGCCAAAAGAAUGACGCCCAGAAUGAGUGGAGACCACCCGUCAAUCUCUUGGCUAACGAUUGCUUGUAUCGAAAUAUGAUGAUAGCUCGCUUUCUGGUCGUCAGCGACUUCCACGAGCUAUUCACUCCACUGACCAACAUCAACAAGAAUGGCUCAUUGAUGAUGCGCUUCAUCGAUAGUCUGCAUGGACCAAGACACAACAUUCGUCUCAAUCUGCCCGGCAUCUGUCUUCCGGUCGUGAUGGUUCCUGUCCAGCAAAGCCUUGCUCCGGAGUUGGAAUUCGAGUGGAGGCGAGAGCAUAUUUUCCUUCUCACCAAGGCCCUAUUUUACCUAACCUCGCAAACGACCGAUCACUACCAGCGUUGUUUGGUGCGGCCCAUGGCAUUGGUCAUGCUGAACGCAGAGAGGAUCAAGCGGUUGUUCAAUCAGAUGGUUCUGGGCGAGCUCAUAGAAGUCGACAGUCAUCAGGAGGCCGAACUGUGGGGUCUGUUCCGUCUCUACAUGAGGUGUGAUGAACAGAGAGACCUUUACGAUGUCACGAGUCCCAUGCAGAUCAAGGAAAUGUGCCCCGGAAUUGUCAGAAGGCAAGCACGCAGCAUCCCUGAACUACUUGGUCAUGCGAACGACUCGGAGAUCAGGCGUCGGGUGGAAGUUCAUCUAAUGCGGAUCAAGGAUAGGAUGACGGAUCAUACUACUGUUGAUAAAUGA